GAUAUUUUCAAAGUUGUCGGUUUGUAUUUUUUUUUUCAUAUGUCAAAUAUCUAGUUCUUCAGUUUCUUCCACCGAUUUAACGAAACCGUGAAAGAAUUUGGGCUGAUUUUCUGUAAUCUGUGAAGGUAAUCCAUGAUUCAUCGUUUUGCUAUUGUAUUUCCGAUCUCCUUGAUUUGUUUUUUUGGAGAGUUUUUAAUAAUUAUCGAUUUCUUUUUUGUUCCCAUCGUUUCAUUUGGAACUAAGUUCCAAUCGAAGCAUCUGUAAAUUUGAUUUCCUGUUAACAGAUAAUCGGUUAAAUCCAUUGUAUGCUUGCUGAAACUCGUCUAGAUCGAAAUCACAUCUGAUCGAUGAGUCAACCAUUCGUAUCAGUUUGGCAUAAGAGCAUGGAAUCAUGGUUGUUUUCGUUGAGUAUGGUUCAACAAACUCUUCUCAGACUGGUGAUUUGUGGUGGCUAUUUCUCUCAAACCAUAAUGAAAAAUGAUGGACAUAAAGCUUUGUGAAUGGGACAGAAUCUGCUUUAGAUGCAGAAAAGAAAAAGAAAAGGAUUAGCGAUGAGAGGUGGCGGCGGAGAAGAAGGAUCGGAGUUGAGUGUUGCACUGUUGAAAAGUUCUCAUACGGCGGAGGAAGACGGUGGAGAACUGAAGACUAGGGUUUGGGUUGAGACAACAAAGCUAUGGCAAAUCGUUGGUCCAGCCAUAUUCAGUCGAAUAACGUCGUACUCGACGCUUGUCAUCACUCAAGCUUUCGCUGGUCAUCUUGGCGAUCUCGAACUAGCCGCCAUCUCCAUCGUUAAUAGCGUCAUCGUUGGCUUCAACUUUGGUCUCUUGCUUGGAAUGGCGAGCGCGUUGGAAACGCUGUGUGGGCAAGCGUUUGGAGCAAAGAAGUAUCACAUGUUGGGAAUCUAUAUGCAGCGUUCUUGGAUUGUUCUCUUCUUCAUUCCUAUUUAUGCAUUAUGAAAUACUUUUCAUUGAAUAAGAUUCAGUAUCUUUUACUACAGUAGAUUGUUGUUGCCUCGUCGAAAGAAAAAAUUAUAAUCAUUUGUCUGUUAAAUAUUGAAUACAGCACUUGUAAAGAAUAUACCAGAUGAUGACGAAGUGACGAUUUGUCAUCCAAAACGAAGGUGGAAAAUCAAGAAAAGGAAGUAAUUGUUAAACCAAAAAAAAUGAAGUUAUGAAGCAUUUCAGAUUAAAGACCAUGGACGAAAUCUUCUUCGAGACAUGAUAAAUGGAUUGUUUAUCCACAACGAUGUCACAAUAGAUGAGAAUGUGUUCAAUUUCUUUUACCAAAUAACGUAAUGAUAUACAGAUAAAUACA